CGUUGCGUCGCGAGUUGCGAUAUAUUAGACAUGUAAAUUCAUAAAUUAAAAUUUUACUAAUUAUUAUCCUGUAACCCAAGAACUAUCCGUAGAAAUGAUACUUCCAUAUUUAACAGUCUAUAAAUAGCAUAAUGCCAAUUAAGGCAACGGUGCAAAAAUGGUAAUCAGUAUGCAAGUGGAUAAUCUAUGUGUGUAAAGUUUGUAGGGGUGAUGUUAUCGAAUCUGUGUGAAAUAAACGCUAAUCAUGUGGAUAAUUGCUAACAUAACAACAUAGCGAUGAGUACUGUACUCAGUUUGAAUAUAUUUAUGUAAAAUAAGUGUAAAUAUUCGACGGACAAACGAAAAGUGUGUCAACAAUAGUCUGAGCCAUAUUGAUCAAAAUGAAUGAAAAAAAGGUGGUGCAGAACUUCAAGAGCUACAUCAAUGUGCCGCCAAUGAACAAUGGUGACAAAAAUGGAUCCUUACAGGAGUUGAAACCAAAGCUCUUAAAUGGCGAGCAAGUGGUGGGGCAGGCGCACAGCGUGGUGAUGCUGGCGCCGCUCAGCGAGCGCGACCGCGGCCGCUUCGGCUCACUCUUCGUCACCAACUACAAGCUCACCUUCGUGCCUCUCGACUCCUCCAUCAAUGAUGAGUAUGGACAAAGGAAUAACCUGGUAGGCACAUUCGACGUGCCACUCACGGGAGUCGGAGCACUGUGGCAAACUGACGGAGGUCUUACGAGGCGGAGACGACUCGUGCCGCGGUCCGAUGUACCGGCUAAGCUGAAAGGGCUACAGGUUGUAUGUAAGAACAUGAAAGUGCUAUCAUUCAACUUCACAAACUCGCCCAUCGGAAACGGCAGGCAGGUUGCAAUGGCGCUCUUACACCACGCAUUCCCGAAACGACACGACUUACUAUUCGCAUUCGAGUACAGAGAACCAUACUACCCCACUCUACCAUCAGAUUUGAACAUGUUCCAAAGACCAGGUGACUGGAAGAGGGAGCUGGAACGAUGUGAAUGCCCCCAUUGGAGGAUAACGUGUAUAAACGGGACGUCCGAUGCGUUUAUGUUGACUGCUGGGGAGACGCUGAUAGUGCCAAGUUCAGUACUGGACUGUAACUUGAUAGAGAGCGCUCGACACUUCCGGUCGGGGAGAGUGCCUGUGUGGGUGUGGGGGAGGGCGGACGGCGCGGCCUUAUUGAGGAGUGGAGAGUUGCUGCAGACCGAGCAGUCCGCCACUGCAGAAAGUGUUCUCUUAGAACAGGUUCGCCGCUCCCACCCCAAGUUAAAACCUCCACACGUGCUCUACUUAUGUGGCAACAGCUUUACCAGCAACACCAAUGCAAACACACUACCUCCGCUGAGUACGCUGAAUACUGCGUACAAGAAACUAGCGGAUCUAUGUACACCUACCACACUAUCCAGUUUUUGGAUACAAGACUCCCAGUACUACUCAAUACUAGAGUCUUCCCGCUGGCUGCGAUACGUAGCGAACUGCAUCGCGUUCGCGGACGACGCGGCCUCGCACCUCGCGAACAACCAGACCGUCGUGUUACAGGAAGGCGAUGGAGUAGACUACAGCGCAGUAGUUUCAUGCCUCACUCAGCUUUUGCUGGAUGAUCACUUCCGUACCAUAGCGGGCUUCCAGUCACUCGUGCAGAAGGAGUGGGUAGCACUGGGACACCCAUUCUGUGACAGGUUUGGUCUCCCCAGGCCAGGCAAUACGAAAGAAGAAACAGAAAGAGAACCCACGGUUCAAAUCGCCCCCGUCUUCCUGCUGUUCCUGGACUGUACGUGGCAGCUACAAAGACAGUUCCCUGCAGCUUUCCAGUUCACGGAGACCUACCUCACCACUCUUUGGGACUGCACGCAUAAUCACCUCUUCGACACGUUUCUGUUCAACUGUCCCAGAGACAGGGAACUGGCUGUAUCUAAGAACUUCGUCCAGCGGCCGCUGUGGGACUGGGGCGAGCAGUUCUCGGAGCAAGACAUCGCGCUGUUCUAUAACCCGCUGUUCGCGCACCGGACGCAGGCCACACCCGUACAAAGGCUAUACAGCCCUGACGUGCCUCAUUUGUUGGCAGCACAAGUAUCAAUAAGCAGCGGCCGUCGCAUCGGCGACAGUCGGUUGGAGCCGUGCACGUCGGUGGCGGGCGUGGAGUUGUGGUCGCAAUGCUACGAGCGAUGGUUGCCGCCGCUCGACGCGCCCCGAGCCGGCCCUGUGCAGUACUAUCUGCACCACUGCGCGAUAAAGGAGCAGAUACAGAAACUCAACGACAAGCUGUCAACCAUGUCCAUACUGAACCGUCACUCGAACGGUGAUACGGACCUAACCGAGCUCCCACCCACGCCAGAAGUCACCCGCUUCUACCCCUUCAGCCUGAGGAACAACGACACAGUCACCAGAAGCCUAGACUCCAUGCAAGUGAGUUUGAUAGACGCGAGUCAGUUAUUGGACUCACAGUCGCUGUUAAAUGCACCGGAUUAAAUCUAAAAUCUAUAAAUUUGUAUUCAAAUAAUAUAUUAUAAUAGAAUAAAGACUCCUACAUUCUUAGAAAAUGUUGAUUUUUAUCAAAAAAUGUUAAACAGUCAUUAAAUGUGUAAUGGUAGUCCAACUUAAUGCUGUGUUAUUUGUUCAAAUGUUUUGCCAUGUGUAGGCAAGCUGAUUGACAUAUUAUGUAUCCCUAUUGGUGGCAAGCGGGUAGCGCAAUACAGUACUGUCCCUUUUAUUACUUACAACGAUUGUACCUGCGCAGAAAUCUUGUUUUUGAAUGGCACGAAAAUAUUUCAGCGUAAAUUCAAAAACAAAGACUCAUGCUAUCUCGCUCAUGAUUCUGAAUUUUGUAUUCUCAUGAAUAUGGUGUGUAGGCAACAAGCAAUAGUGGACGCACGCUCGCUAUGAUUGGCUGAUUUUCGGGCGUUUUAAGAAUCAUAUUUCUGCGCAGGUACAUCGGCGUAACUUACAAAAGUAGUAGUACUGUAACCGUCGAGAGUGAGCUUUCACGUACAAUACAACGAUGUGUAUGUUAAAGUUAAACGGUCUUCGUGAGAUACAAUAUCUGUACCUGCCUAAGUAGGUAGAUAUAGAUGUAAUAUUUUUUUAACUCAUACAAGUUAGCCCUUGAUUGUAAUCUCACCUGGUGGUAAGUGAUGAUGUAGUCUAAGAUGGAAGCGGGUUAACCUGGAAGUGUUAUGGCAGUUUUUAUUAAACCCAUACCAUACCGCCUUAGGUUUUUACACGGCGGCACGGCUUUGUCGGUAUAAGAUGCAGAAUUAUAGACAAGUAGUAAGUACAUAUAAAUAAUAUGUAUGAUUUGCCUUUGUUGAGUUGAUUGUAUAACAUUUGCGUAGGUAAUAUAAAAUAGUCUGAUGCUAUUGUAUGAGUA